CUGGCCGGAAAGUGGUAUUAGGAGUAGCUGUUAAUGUUGUGAUUGAUAUAGCUCCAAGUCAUACGCAACAUUAACAUGCAUCUACAUAGCUCCUUUAAACAGUGGCCUCGUCAUUCAUUUAACUGUCAAAAGAAUUUCGUCGAGUAAUGUGUUGACACAGGUCGUGACCUUAUUGUGGAUUUGUGGAAACACCAUCUAUAUUCUGUCAUGCGUUAUAAUCACAUCGGCUUUGUUCUCCAACAACUCUGGCUGGGGUACACAGAGCUAUCAGCGCGGAGCACGAACACAGAACCCCAUUACGUUUCUUCGAAAAUACUUGGAAAAACAAGACUUGAAUUUAAGCCCUCCUCUGUUUUGUUUUAACGACUCCAGUCACCUUCUUUCCGUUGACAAACUCACACGUCCACACACAAAGGAGUCCCCCAUUUCACCACAAAAGAGGCAGCGAAGUAAGUUUAACAAUGCGUGCCCAAGGUAGUGGGACUAUCUCUGAAUUCUUUCUCUCCCCCGCCUACUCUGUGUAGUAAGCACUUUUAACGGUAGCCUUCCCUCCAACCGGCGGUGUGGGCAGCGUCGUUGCCAUAGAGCCGACUGACUCAGUGUAGCGGAAUAAAAAGCGCAAAUCCACACGCUCAGAUCCAGAUGAAACAUAUCAGCAACAGCCCGCCUGCCAGCCGACUUGAAAGGUAACUUCAAACGCUUGAAAUGACUUGCUUUAUCGUAGCAGAGAGACCGUCCUCUCAGCAAAAGUGAAAGCUGUGGGAGACUCGCAGUGACGGACAACACCUGCACGCUCGUUUAAAUGGAGAGAGGCGGACCGACAAUUCUGUGCUGUGCGCUCCCCUGAAAAGGGGCUCCUGUUCGGCCGAACAAGCGAGCCUUGUUGAUUGCCGUGAUAAUCUGAUUUCGGAGAUGUGAACGCCACAAGGAUUAUAGGGUUACUGGGUAAAUACCGAAACGUGUCACAAUGCGGUCCGUGCUCUACAGUCUGCGCCUUUUGUUCGAGAGGGACCAGGUUGGCCGCGUUCUCGGAGGCAGAUCUCAGUAGCGAUUCUAACCACCUGGCAGUGCUGUCUCCGGGGCCGAACCGCUUCCUCCUUCCAUGCUGCUAUGACUUCCUGGCUGCGUAAAUACACUAACUUUAUUCUGCAUCGCAAGCUGCUCAUCUCACUGCUCAUUGUUUUUAUCAGCAUCUCUCAAACGGCGGCAGACGGCGCUUGUGCAUCGCCCUACGUCUCGUCAUGUGAAGAGUGCCUGCUUCGAGGCCCAGACUGCGGCUGGUGUAUUCAAGAGGACUUCCUUGAUGGAGCACAUGUGAGCCAGCGGUGUGAUUCGACCUCUAGCCUGCUCAGGAAGGGCUGUCGGGAGGAGUUCAUCCAGAGUCCUCGGGUGAAGGUGGAGGUGGACGCUACGCUCAGCAGCACUCAGGUGGCUCCCAGAAAGAUUAGCAUCCAGCUACGGCCAGGCAGCCAGGCCAGUUUUGUGGUGGAGGUGCGGCAGCUGGAGAGGUACCCUGUGGACCUGUACUAUCUGGUGGACGUCUCAGCCUCCAUGAAGGACAACCUGGAGCGUCUGAACAACGUGGGCGUAGCACUGUCUCACCAGAUGCGUGAACACUCCAGCGACUUCCGUGUGGGCUUCGGCUCAUUCGUGGACAAACCGGUGGCGCCGUACAUCAGCGUUCACCCGUCAAAAAUCAUCAACCCCUGCAGGGAGUAUGAGGUCCAGUGUCGCCCGACGCACGGCUUCAUCCACGUCCUUCCUAUCACCGAGAACAUGACCGAGUUCACACGUGUCAUCCAGCAGCAGAGGAUCUCUGGGAACAUGGACACCCCCGAGGGCGGGUUCGAUGCCAUGCUCCAGGCCGCUGUCUGCCAGAAGGACAUCGGUUGGAGGGCUGAGGCGAAGCAUCUGCUCCUCAUGAUGACCGACCAGCCGUCCCACCUGGCCCUCGACAGUAAGCUGGCGGGCAUCGUGGUGCCGCACGAUGGCCAGUGCCACCUGGAGGACAACACCUACACCGAGACGACCAAUAUGGAACACCCAACCAUUGGCCAGCUGGCGGACAUACUUCUGCAAAACAGCAUAUACUCGAUAUUCGCUGUGGACAAUGUGCAAUAUAAGUGGUAUGAGGAUCUGCUUGACUUGCUGCCAGGGGCCUAUCUUGGCAGGUUGUUCCCAAAAGCGACAAACCUGAAGGAUCUGGUCGUUGACGCCUACAAGAAGCUGCUGUCUGAGGUGGAGAUCGAGGUGACGGUGGACCACAGACACGCCCAUCGUUUCUGGGUGAACGUGACCGCCAUCUGCCCCCCCGGCUCCAGCGUGACGGGCAACAACAAGUGCUCCAACUUGAAGCCAAAGCAGAAGGUGUUCUUUAACAUUACAGUGGGGAUGACUAGCUGCCCUGGUGAGGAUUCCGAAGAGGACAAUGACGUUGGGCUGUCGGUGCAGCCUGUGGGCUUCAACGAGUCUGUCACCGUGACGAUGAAACAAGCCUGUAGCUGUCAGUGCAGCCAGAGGGGCGGUUGCCUCGAUGACGGGGUCGCCAGUACCUGCAACGACAUCAGCGAAAACACGGAGCAGGUGUCUCCAGAUGUGUGCCAGCCAGAAGGUUCCGGAAAGAUCUGCAACGGGAGGGGCACCUGUGUGUGUGGGGAGUGUGUGUGUGACCACAGCAACCUGGGCACCAUCUACGGGAAAUUUUGCGAAAUGGAUGACUUCUCCUGCCCCUACCAGGAAGGCCUGCUUUGCGGAGGUCGUGGACAGUGUACGCUGGGAGAGUGCGUUUGCCAAGCAGGCUGGACAGGUGAGAGUUGCGGGUGCCCGGCGUCCACAGAGACGUGCCAGUCGAGCGAUGGCUUGCUCUGCAGCGGUCGGGGCAGGUGUGCUUGCGGCCGCUGCUUGUGCGACCACCCCCCGUAUUCUGGAGAGUUCUGUGAGAAGUGCCCCACCUGUUACACCGCAUGUCAACCACAUUGGUUGUGCGUAGCCUGCCAUCUGACACAUGGCCUGGUCCAGGGGAGUUCAGAGCAGUGCAACAGGACCUGCGCCCCCGUGGUCGGCUACGUCGAUGACAUCACAGAGAUGGCGAGCGUGCUGGGGAAGCACUGCCUGUACCCCAGCACUGAACGCUGCCACUACAGGUUCCACAUUGGCGUGGAGCCCGGCAGCCCACAGCUGCAGAUCAGCAGACAGCCAGAGUGCUUAUCAAGCCAGCGGUACUUUGUGACCUUCCUGAGUGUGUUCCUCCUGACUGUGGUGCUGGGUCUGGGCAUCCUGGCGGUGCUCAGGAUUAUGCUUCGGCGCAAGGAGGAAGCCCAGCCGGACCCCCAGAACCCGCAGUUUGACACCAACAAGAAGGACCCUUCCUACGCUCCAACUACGAAUGAGAAGACCGUCACAUACCGACGAGACCACAACGUGGAGAUGCACGUGCAGGUGCCUAAGAUGCCCCUCGAUGACAUUGGAUGGCAGUAACACGGGCAGAAGGGCAGGCUCGCGGGGACAGAUGGGCAGUAAGCACAUUCACUAGAGGAAAGACUUUGUGCUUUUCACACAGCACACUUGUCAGAGCCACUCCCUGGGGAGGAACUGUUUUGGAGCUCACCUUUGGGUCGUUUCAUUUGUUUCUCAGCACUAGACUUGAUGCGGUACUUGGUCUAUUUCAGUUCCCCAUUGAAGAGGGUACAAUCAGAGGGUACUUUGUUAAAGGUACGAUUUUUAUUUCUGUGGUGUUGUUGUUGUUUUGUUUUGUUUAUUUCCCUUUGUUUGGUAGCUCAUUGUAAAAAAAUUGUUUUGAUAGUUUGUAACAUAUUUAAAUGUGUGAAAGACAGUGUUUUAUUUAUAGUUUUUAUACACUACACUUUCCAGCCGAGAGUUAUAUUUGAGAAAGUAAAGCAGUGUCUAAAUAGCCAAAGGCAGGCUUACCAUGUGUUAGCUUGCCACCUAGUGGUAGUUGAUGGCAUUAUCUCAACAGGGAGACUCAAUCCAGCAAUCAGCACCAUACAACCUGUCAGGGCCAGGCCUAAAUACUUAGACAACAAUGACUGGGUUCCAUUCAGGUGAAAAAAAGAAUGUGGCAAUUGGUUGGGAAAGGUGACCCCUCCCUUUAUAACCAGAUACAAAUACCUAUGCUAUGUUAACAAAGAGCACAAAAAAGAACUGUCUCACUAGUUUUCCAUUAUUUCAAUUAUUGACCUGCACAACCCCAAACAGAAUGGGUAGUAACAUUAACUGGGAUUUUGCCCUUUCGUGCCUUUGUCAGCUAGAAUUGCAUUUUGUGGUAUGACAACUGUGAACAAAACGCAGCCUAUAUUUUGCCACAGAAUUGGCAUUAUUCCACAUAUUAUAAUGGCAUGCCAUCUAUGACUUCCGCACAAGAUUAUGACAGUCAAAAUCGAACAUCCCGCUGAGUACAGUGAUAUGUGAAAACGGUGCAAAAUCAUAAGGUGCCCCUUGGUCAGACACUUGCAACCACUGGGCUACCUGAUGGUCUAUUAGAUAACUGGGUGGUUUUGGUGAUUUUAUUUUUAUUUUGUUCAUAGUAAAAGGGCGUGUAGUUUACUGAAUCACCUCAUAUUCGCGUAGAGCAAGAUCCUGAGCGGUACGUGUUUGCAUCGAUCUCUCAUUUACCGAAUGUUUUCUAUCAUCAGCCUACGACUUGAUGUAGGUACAGAGUAGGAUAGCGCUACGCUCUCUUUACACGUGUUACCGUGUACUCAACCCGACCUUUUGUCUGAUGAUGAGUCAGACGAAGUUUAACUGGAAAACGUGAAAAAUGGCCCAGGGCCUUGCUGAAUCAAGCGCCUCCACUGGAAUUCUUAUUCUAGGCGUAAGCGUGAAAAAGCAAGUAACACUUGUGUCUUGGGCGUGUGUAGGCCUACGCAUGUCUUGUACUACUGAAGAAGGUCGGCGAAAGAACCACAGGAGUAGCGAAGGAGUGUGUAGGGAAAGUGGAAAAGGACUGAAGGUAAUGAGUACCCUCUUCGAUUUUUCUUGCUAUCUACUAAAACAGUAGAUGCUGAGAUGUUCUUUACCACUACUCCGAACUUCACACAAACUCCCUCCUGUGGCCUUUUUGCGGCCUCGAAUUUGAUGACCAAUAGUUUACUUUACUUUUCUUGUUCAUCUCUAGUUCAGGACACUAAUGAUUUUGAGUUUUGAUUAUUUAUUAUUUUACUCUGUUAUGUGUUUUUUUAUGUUUUGUAUGUUGUUGAUUAUAUACUGUACAUUUGGUACGGAAGCCAUCUAGCAAAAGGCAGCAACGUUUGACUGUUUGUGCAUGUCUUCAUUCAAAUAAUUUGAUUGCAAUAAUUCUACAAGCACCAAAACGAAUACCCUGCAAUUACAAAUGAACAGUUAUAUCUUGAUGAUAUAAAUAUGAUUCACACCUUGUAGGUUUUGGUACAUUAUUGUCAACUUUCACUUGAACAAAAUUCAAAUGGAAAUCAUAUGGAGACAGACUAUGUCGACCCACCCUAUGGUGGGUGGUAACCAUCUAAUGUUGAUCUUGGGAUAAUAACUGUAACGCGAUAACGACUUUGAAAAACUAAACAUUUGAACUGCAAUAGUAAUGUAACUUCAUAUGACAAUAAAAUGCGCCUUCACUUAACUUAACAUUUCCACAAUCAUUUUGAUAGAUUUUGUACUUACUAUGUGUCUGUAGAACCGCAAACUGGCGACGCCAAAUGCAUGAGCGUUGCGACGCCAUUUACUCAUGACAUAUUUGAUCUAAUUUUGAACAACAAAAUACAUUAAGCUCUUUCGGAUUUAAUUUGUAUCUUUAGGUGUCUGCAUACUUUCGGAUUUAAUUUGUAUCUUUAGGUGUCUGCAUACAACAGACUCUGACACUAUAUCAAAUUUAUUUUUUUAAGUGUGAUACGCAUUGCAUUCCCCAAAGCACAAUUUGUUUCAAUUAUGCAGACGCAAAGACAUUAAUGAUUUGUUGACAGCCUGGAUUUGCAUUUAGAAUUUGUAGUAGGCUACACCGUUAACCCAACUCAGCAUCUGAUUAAUCUAAUAUUUAGUUUACCAGAAAGACGCUUAAAGCUCAAUUAGACCACAGACCAGGGCAUUAAUAACAGUUGUCUAACUUUAGGGCAUUCACACAGCACUUUCCAUUCCCUUCAAGUAAUAUGAUUCUAAUUUCCUAUGUCUUGAUGUCUCGGUGAAAAAGUGGAAAUAAAAUUACAGUUGAAAUAACGACAA